UGGGGAGGGUAAGAGUAGGCGAGUAGGGAGGUAGAGUUGAGAGAUGGGAGUUGAAGUGAAGUCAUUAUAUGUGUACCCAAUAAAAUCAUGCGGUGGAAUAUCCGUUGCGGAGGCUCCGAUCUGCUCCACCGGAUUCCGGUGGGAUCGGCAAUGGGUGGUGGUGAACUCCAAAGGCAAGGCUUAUACGCAAAGAGUGGAACCAAAGCUUGCUCUCGUCCAAACCCAACUCCCACAUGAAGCAUUCUCUCUCAAUUACCAACCAAAUAGCCACUCUUUUUUAGAGAUAAAGGCACCUGGCAUGCAAGUCUUGAAAGUUCCAUUGGUGAAAUCAAACAGUAGUGCUGAAAAUGUGGUCGAUGGAAUCUCAGUGUGGGAAUGGAAUGGGUCUGCUUUUGAUGAAGGAGCUGCUGCUGCACAAUGGUUCUCUAAUUAUCUAGGCAGUCCCGCCCGCCUAGUUCGUUUUAACCAUGUAUCAGGAGUGAGGAAGGUGGAGGCCGAUUACGCCCCUGGCUACAAUGUUAUGUUUGCUGAUAUGUAUCCUUUCCUCUUGCUGUCUCAGGGAUCAAUGGAUGCACUCAACGCUCGUCUCAAGGAAUCUGUACCUGUGAACCGCUUCAGACCCAAUAUCGUAGUGGAUGGGUGCGAGGCCUUUAGUGAAGAUGGGUGGAGGGAGAUGAAGAUUAACAAAGCAACAUUUAAGGGUGUGAAGCUAUGCUCCCGCUGCAAGAUACCUACUAUCAAUCAGGAAACUGGGAAGGCCGCCUCCUCCGAGCCCACCGACACUCUCCGAGCCUUCCGUUCCGACAAAGCCCUCCGACCAAACAACAGCAACAAAGGGAAAGUCUAUUUCGGACAGAAUAUGGUGUGCACCGACUCCCUUGCUACCAAGCCAGGAAAUGGGAAGACUGUCAAAGUUGGAGACGCCCUCAACGUCCUUCAGAUCACGGCAUCCCCUGCUGCCUAAUCUGCUCUCCACAUGCUAUACUCAUUUGCUUCCAUGUUAUUACCUUUUGUUGUGGUGGUUGUAAUAUUUCGCUUAAUUAACCCCUACUUAAACAAAUAAUAACUUGUACUCAGUACUCGUAUCUUAUAAAUAAAACAGUGUCAAAAGCCCUUAUUUAAA